AUGGCCAAACCAAAGGGUCGAGCAAGGGACUUCCAAGACCCCGAUGAGCAAGUCACCAAGGACUACGAUCCGGAAGCCAAUGCGCCGGAGAGCGAUAAUGGCAGCGACAGCGAUGCCAGCGACGAUCAGCAUGCGGGCACUGAGCACUAUGUUUCGGUUGGGAAGAGCAAGCUGAGGGAAAAGGAAGGUGUAUCUCUGGGGCCGCAAUACAGAGGCUCUCGUGUCAGCCGAUCGGCUUUGGAAGACGUGAGCGAACAGGACGACAGCGAGGGGGAGAGCAGCGGCGGCGAUGAAAUCUACGACGACCCCGAAACAGCAAAUCUGUCGGCAGACGAGCUGCAAGCCAGCGACUCGGAGAUUGACAGCGACAAUGCGCUCGCGGAGUCCGACGCUGAGCGCUUCGGCGAUUUCAGUUUCCGGGGAAGCUCCAAACCGGUGUCCUCCAACUCCAAGCGCAACAACCGACCCACUGCGGCCGAUUUUAUGUCUUCGGAUGAUGACAACGGGGAGGGUGGCGCGGAUAUAGAGGAAGAUUCGAGUGGCGCCGAGGUGUACGAAUCCGAUGACGAUAUGGACGACGGCCUUGAUGCCCUGGUCGAUGGUGGGGCUAGUUCCGCAUCGGAUGACGUGGAAAGUGACGAAGAGGGCGGUGGCCUGCAGGAAUCAGAUGCGGACGACGAUGAUGAAGAAGAAGAAGGCGGUGAGACCGCGAGCGAGGCGAGCGAAGGCCCCAACGGCAAGUCGCGCAACAGCAAACCGCACAUGGCAGCGUUCUCCAAGCGAGCGGACGUCGAAAAGGGACUUGCCAUCCAGCAACAACGCAAAAGCUACGACUGCCUUCUCAACUUACGAAUCAGGUUGCAAAAAGCCCUGAUCGCGGCAAACACUCUACCUACCAUGGAGGUUGAUCUGGAUGAAGCUUCAGAGCCCUACGAGGCGGCGGAAGAAGCAGCUGUUAAGCUUUUGAACACGAUCAGCACCCUCAGGAAGAAUUUUGGCGUCAAAGCGGGCGAUAAGCGCAAGCGGGACCUCGACAUUGCUAUGGACAGCGAGACGAUCUGGAGGCAGCUUCAAGAUGAGGACGCCACUGCCGUUCAGUUUCGGGAGGACCGACUAGAGAAGUGGUCCCGAAAGGUGCAGAGCGUCAACGUGACGCCGACUGCACUGGGACAGAAGAACAAGACACUUGUCAGUGCUUUGCAGGAUCAGCUUGCCAAUCCCGAGAGCCGCCUACUCAAGCGAACCCGCGUCCCGCGGUCAUGUGCGCCUGCACAGGCGGCCAAGAAGAUGGCGGAGGACGAGGCUGUGUACGACGAUGCAGACUUCUACCAGCUCCUGCUUAAGGAACUUGUGGACCAGCGCACCGUCGAAUCAUCUUCGGCGCAGACUAGCGCGGUGCCGACCGUGAUGCUUACGGCUGCCAAAGAGGCCAAGGUGCGCAAGCAGGUCGAUCGCAAGGCAAGCAAGGGCCGCAAGAUGCGCUUUACGGUGCACGAGAAGCUGCAGAACUUCAUGGCUCCAGAGGAUCGAACGUCUUGGGAGGGUGACGCGAUUGAUCGCUUCUUCGGCACUCUCUUCGGUCGCAAGAUGGAGCUCAACGAGGAUGAGAGCGGGGAUGAAGAAAUGGACGGCUUGGAUGCGGAGGAGGAGGGCCUUCGCCUGUUUAGAAACUAG